AUGGCAAUAGUUGUGCCUAUUUCAAUUAUAUUGCUUUUGAGUCUUAUCAUGAAUAGUGUGUUUAUACUAAUUCAAUUACCAAAUUCACUUGAUUAAGGAUAAUCUUUAACUAGAUCAAUAUUCAAUGAGACAGUAUCAAUUGAAUAUAGCUAUAAUAAAAUAAUGUCAAAAUUAAUGAUCCCUGCCAUUAAGGAUCUAUUUGUUGCACAAUAAUUACUUUCAUAAAACUUUCACAUUAUAUUAAAUGAACCUUUCCAAUUCUAUCAAAUCAAUUCAACUCUUAAUGAUCCUGAUAUUGUAGAGCUUGUAGAUUACUUAAAGUAAUUUAAAUCCUUAAUAAAAAAUAACAUAUCUGUUCUAUGUGAAAAUGGACUUCUAGCUGUAUAUGGAAAUUAAAACAUUUCUGACUAUUAAACUUUUUGGUAAUUUUAAGUUAAAAAUUGUGUAUCUAAACAUAAUUGCAUUGUAUUGGAUGCAUAUUCAUAAAAAUGGAUAAAGCCUGAAUUCUUACCAAAUGGAAUGAAAUUUACAUUGCUUGUAACAAUUAUGGGAAAAUACAAAUGCAGUAUAAGUGAGAUUUAAAGUUUAGAAAUGUUUGUUUCUUUGGCGAAAUCAUGGGAUCCUAAAAAUAUUUAUAGAGGAUUGUUGCUCAAUUAAGUAAUUAUAUAUUAUUAUAUCAAUUUUUAGUAUCUUUAUUAAGUAAAUUCUGAUGAUGCUCUAGAAAUUGGAAAUUUAUCUGUAUUAAGUAGAACAUAUAUUAAUCAAACAGAGAAUUGGAUUUAGAAUUUAUAUGAAUCUUUAAAUGAUUGUAGUUUUCAAUUUAAAACUUUUGAGUAUGUUGGGAUAGACUAAGAGAUAUAUAUAUGCAGAAGCACUUUAUUUUUUGUAUCAAAUCCCAUAGUUCAUAAUUGUGGAAUAGUAGACAUCAAUGAAAAGAAGAAUUUCUCAAUUUUAUUUAUUGAAACAUUUACCUUGAAGUUUAGAAAUGAGGAAGCUGGAUCAUUAGAAGAAUCAGAUAAAAUCAAUUAAUAUAUUACUAUUCUAUUCAUUUCUUCUUUAAUAAUAUUUCUAUAUACAUGGAGAUAGGGUGUUAAAGCUAGUCUCUCAUUUGUAGUUCCCUUACGUUUAAUGGCUUCUAAGAUAUUAGAAUAAUCUGUUAUUGAUUUGAGUAAAUAAAAUUUUACUGUAAAUUAUUAUGAUGAAUAUCGUAAUUCAACUGAAAUUAGAUAAUUUAUAGAUGUUGUUAUUGAUUACACUAAUAGUGUGAAAUAUUAAAGCAAUUAAUUUGAAUUAAAUGCAGAAGGAUUAAUGUUAAUGAGCAAUUCAAAAAAAUUCUUUAAAAAAAAAAACAAUCUUUCAGCAGUAGGAUUAUGUUCAAAUAAUAUAGCUAGAAUACAUGCAAUAAAUAAAAGAUUUCUUGAAGCUCUUAAUGAAUAAGAGGAAUCUAUUCAAAUUGCAGAAUAAGAAUUAUAAAGUCUUUUAUAAUUAAAUGAAUUACAUUAAAAAAUGAGUACAAGUAGAAAUUGGUUUAAAGUUUAUGAAUCAUUUAAAAGUCGUUUAUUAUCAAAAUUUGUUGGAGAUGACAGAAUCUUUGAAAGACUCUAAUCUCAAAAUUAUUAACCACAACUUUCAAAAAUGAUUUCUAUGGAAUUCAAACAACGUAGUAAUACAAUGUAAUAAAAUGUCAAAAGAAAUUCUUAUGCAAGUUCUAAUACUGAAAGAAAUAGAAUAAAUAAUCAAUUAUAAAAUUUGAACAUCACUUCUAUUGCUUUAUUAUAAUAAAUUGAUAAAUCUAAUUAAUCUGUCAUUAAAGAAGAUAGUGUAAUUGAAGAAGAUUGUAAAAAUAUUGUUAAACUAAAAUUAUUAAAUAGAUAAUAUUAAUUAUUAAGAAUAUUGAGUUAGUUUAGUAAUGAGAAUGAUUAAUUAUUUUUGAAUGAAAUUCUUCAAUUGCUAUUAUAAAUGAAAGCAGAAGCAGAACAAUAAAAACCUACUUCUGCCUUCUUAAACAAUUUAUAAUUCAAUCUAUCUUGUCAAUUAGUUUACUUUUAUACAAAAUCUAAUUAAAUUUCUAAAGCCAAAAGUUUACUUAAACAUCUUCCAAAUUUUCACACUUAAUAAAUCAAUUAAAUGACUAACAGUAUUAACAUCUUUACUGAAGUACCUAUAAUUUUAGUUUAAUCAAAAAUAACAUUAUUAAAAGCUAUAAUUGAUAUUAAAAUGAAUAAGAUUGUUUAAAGUUGUUCAAAAUUAUUAUCAAUUUUGUCAAUGUCAAUGUAUGAUCCUUAUCAAUAUAAUUAUGCAUUUAAAUUACUAUAAUAAAUAUUCUAUUCAUAUAGAUUAAACAUCAAUUUAUUGGAAUAGUUUCACAUCACUCAUUAACACAUUUAAGCUAUUAUAUUAAUUGAUUACACCAAUUAAAUGACAGUUGAAUAGAUUAAAUUGUCACAUUCUAUUACAAAAUAUAUACUGUCUCUAUUUACUACAUAAGAUUAAGUAGGACUUUAUGCUAUAAAUUCAACUUUUCAUUAAAUCUUUCCUUUAUAAUAAUAUUAAUCUUAUUUAUAAAAUAGUUGUAAUCGAUUAUUACUACCUCCUGGAGGAGAAUCUAAUCUAUUAUAUCUAUUAUAAUUAGCUGCAGGUUCAUUUUUCAUUAAAAAUAAAUCAAAAAUAAAGGAUGAAAAUACUUAAUUAAAUAAUUCAAAUUAAUCAAUUCAAAAUGAAAGAUCAAUUUAACAUAGUUUGAGUAAUGCUGGAGAUGUUCUUGAUAAAUAUUUAUAGACAGAUUAUCAUGAUAAGAUUGAAGAUGAAGAGGAAGUCAAAUCUUAAUUAAGGAUCAUUAUAUUAUUUGCUGAAAUGGUUAAAGAUUAUACAUAAUAAAAUAUAGAAAUAUUAAAAUAAAUUAUGAACAAAAGAAAAAUACAUAUUAUUAUUGUUUAAAUUGCUAAUUAAAAUUUAAAUAGGAUAUAUUUAGAAGCUUUAGCUGAUUUGACUCCUUAAUCUUGUAUUCUCAAAUAAAAUUAAAUAGUCAAAUACUUUUAAUAACUUAGACCAUCUCCAUAUAUUAAGAAAGAAUACAUAGAAUUUUUUUGA